CUCACGCGGCCGUGUCGACCCACUAGUCGCAAAGCCAUUGCAUGUACCACCUGUGAAGGCACGCGCAACGACCACAGGUCUGCCGGGACUUGGCAUGAGCGAAAGGACCGCGACCGUAUGCGUAUAGCAGCUCGACCAUCCGCAUGGCAGAGCCUUCCAGCAACCCGCGCGGUGCUCGAGGGAGUUAUGCCAACCUAAUUUGCCUCAAAUGUCGAGGUCGCAAGAUCAAAUGUGCUUUGCCAGAUAAUGUCGAGAUUCAGCCAUCGGAUAUCCCACAGCCGCCGGACAGAGCAUGCGCGCGAUGCAAGUCUCUCAACCUUGAAUGCAUCGUGCAACGCACAAUUCUCGGCCGUCCGGCUGCCAAGAGGCGGCGUGACGGCAAUGCAUCGGUUUCGGCCCCGGAGCUUUCUCCGAAGGAAGCCGAUGAAGAAGUCAAAGAUUACCUGGUUGCUGGAGUUCGAGACUCGGCGACGCCUUCCUCGCGGGGCGACAACCAGCGGCCGCCGCCGAUCGCGGGUGAGAUCUUCAAAACGAUGGUUUCGCCGAGUCACCUUGCGUCGGUACUGCUGGCAAAUGAUCGGCGAUUCGGCAUCUCCAUUCCUUCGCCCACUCCACAAGCCCCUCCGUCACUGUCGCGACUGGUGAGUAGUGGCAUGGCAGCUAUGCUUGAUGAAAAUCUCCCAUGGCAUCGAUUUUACUUGCCGAUAAUUCCCACGCUCGUAAGCCUCAGACCACAACUCUCGUCAGAGACCAGAGCUUUUGAGAAUAAAGCGACCAAAUUGCUAUUCGCUCUGCUCGCACUUCUUGCAAUUGACGCUCCAGUCAAUCGUUUGAAAGAAGAUCAGCAGCUUCGUGGUCACCUCAAGACUGCCGUCGCUUACUACGGCCAAGUCUUCUUGUUCGAUCCGCCCACCCAUCAUCAUACUGUAGCGGCACUUACGCUACUCUCUGAAUACCACCCUGCAGCGUUAAUUAAUACCCAGAGCGCAGCUUGCACAUCCGUCAAAGCUCAUUUAUAUAUUGCCUUGACUUAUCGCAUCGCAGAGCGGCUUGGUAUGGAUUCUGCUGUCACGAAGCUUCAGGAUUUCCUAGACGGAAAGCCGCCAGGCGAAAACUUUAACAUCGAUGCGCACGUCACUGAUGCCCUUCAAUGGUGCCGCAUCUUGAUCGAUGAUGCUUUCGUCGACGGCUUCACCGGACACACGUCCGAGCAACAAUGGGAGGUCCAUCGCAAGGCCUACUUGAUCAUUCAGACCGUCGAAGCCGUCAUGCAAUUUCGACCACCGACCGUGGCGAUAUAUUACCACUUUUGGUACUUAAAGGGAAUGUGUAUCCAUAUGCGUAGUGUCGCCAUGAUGAAAUCCGCGAGAAAAGACCUCGCCAAAUUAUUCGACAUCACUCAAGAAAUCGAGCAAAUUACCACGCAGGAAAAGAACAAUAUCAUCGCUCAAAGGCCAAUCGCCAUGACCGAGGAUGAAAUCGAAGCAGCCUCGGCCGCUCGGAUCUUGCUCGACCUGCAUAUGGACAAGAUCAAUUACGCCAUUGUCGGCGCCGCGACCUUUGCCGCCAUCAUGCACGGCGUCUCCAAAGCCGAAUGGUUCAGCCCGAAAGAGGCUCUUCAAAUCAGCGACUUGGCUGUAGAAAAGCUCAAAGACCUCCAACUCGGCAAAAACCACGACACCGCACCGUUCCUGAUGCGCUACCUCGUCGCCCGGCCGCACUCCUUCGAGCGCCUGAUGUACGACUUCAUCCAGAUCGCGGGCAACCUCAAGCUCGUCGACGUCCCACACCUGCCGCCCGUACGACAGUACGCUCUCCAGCUCCUCUUCGACUGCAAAGUCAUGGUAGAAGAGAACGCGAUCCGACUGAAAGGCCUCAAUAUGCUCCACCCUUCCAUCGACAGCCAAUUGAAGUUCUUCACCGACUGCGCGGACAAGCUGGACGCCAUGGCCACGACGCCCUGCCGCUCGGCGGAGACGGCGUUCGCGGAUGGUUGCCUGAACGCGGCGAGCGCGAAAUUCGUCCGCUGCUUGAGGGCGAUUCUGGCCGAGUGGAAGGCCACGCUGGCGGAGAACACGGCGCAUUAUAUGCCGAAGCUGGACGAACAUGUGGAGCCGCUGGCCACGUUUGAUGUCUAUGAUGAUUCGGCGUUUGAUGUUUUGUUCAACCAGUGGAGUAGUUGGCCACAGGCGGGAAUGCUCGACCUCUCCUCCAUGGGUCAGGGGGGUUAAAAGGCCAUGUCUGAGGGCGUGUCCGUGUCUCGGGUAGCAUCAGGCCUUUGCUGGAUUUCAGGCGCUGUAGUUGCAUCCUGCUGCUCCAAUCGCAAUAUGUCAAGAAUUGGACUGCAUUGCUCAGUACUCAACGACAAGGCAUCUCCCACACUGGCCGGAAACGAGAGAAGAUAGAAAGUUCUGUUUGGACACAUUUGAUUGAGAAAUGACUGCAUUGACCUAUGCAUGCAUAGAACGCUCACAUAGUUGACAGGGAACACUUGCGACACGACAGUGAAGGAUAUGUUGAAGAAUAAGAAUUUUCAUUUUUGGACAAGGACCUUUUCGUGAUAUUCCCACGUCGAUCAUGCGCCGUGCGCCUACCAAAGCAUGAUGCUAAAACCCACUCCCCUUUCAUGACAUUUUCCGCACGAAAAACAAAAAUCUAGUUCAUCUGGCGGAUGAGAGCGUUGAUGUACUCC